AUGGAAGAAGUGAAAAUGCGAAAUCAGAGUCGACCGCCCAUUCCUCCUUCCUCGCUCCAUCCCCUAGGAAACACCUUGCUGCCGACGUUAGAAGUCAAUGAAAAAGACAAAAGGAAAAUUGUCGGGUUGCUCGUUGCAUCCCCGUUCGAGGUCGUGGAGGUCAUUGAGGUUGUCGAGGUCAUCUCCGAGGUUGUUGAGGUCGUCUCCGAGGUCGUGGAGGUCGUGGAGCUUGUCGAGCUGGUCGAGCUAGUCGAGCUUGACGAUUCGGUAGUAGACAUUGUAGAGGAUGAUGAUGUGCUGGUAGGUUCCACUGGAUCAAUCAAGCUCGACGAAGUAGUCGUCAUUGUCGAAGUGGUAGUCGGCGUCUCAGAAGUAGUAGUCAUGUCAGAAGUUGUGGUCGUCAUCUCAGAAGUAGUCGUAGAUGUGCUGUCAGCCGAUGUGGUCGAGGUUGUGGGUUCAAUAGGGCCAAUCAAUGAGCUACUUGUCAUGGAGCUUGUGCUGCUAGAAGAUGUGCUGAAAGGCGGGAUAUCAUCAAAGCUCGUGGUUGUGCUCAUUGUGGAUGUCGAGCUCGUGCUGCUGGAAGUUGAGCUUGUGCUGCUGGAACUCGUGGUUGUAGGUUCGACGGGACCAAUAACUGAGCUACUCGUCAUGGAGCUUGUACUGCUGGAAGAGGUAGUGAAAGGCGGGAAAUCAUCAGAGGUGGUAGUCGUGCUCAUUGUGGAUGUCGAGCUCGUGGCACUGGAAGUCGUGGUUGGGGGCUCAACAGGUCCGACCGCGGAGCUACUCGACAUAGAGCUGGUGCUGGUAGAAGACGUGGUGAAAGUCGGGAUAACAUCAAAGCUCGUGGUCGUGCUCAUUGUGGAUGUCGAAUCUGUGGAUGUCGAGCUGCUUGUAGUCGUGGAUAGAGUCGACGUGCUCGAGCUGCUUGAUGAAGUGGAGAAGGGAUCCACCGCAGAUGAGGCGGAGCUAGACGAAGUAGAGGUGGAGCUGGUUGUGCUCGACUCGCUCAUAGAAGACGUGCUCGACUCACUGGUCGUCGAGGUAGAGGACGAAGAGGUCGUGGAACUAGACGAAGUGGACAUGGAGGUUGAGGAUGAGGAUGAUGAGGUGGAAGUGUCAUCCACCACUGAAGAGGCGGUGGUGGUGGUGGUCAUGGUCGAGGAAGUGGAGCUGGAGGAAGUGGUGCUGGACAUACUGCUGGUGGUUGAAGUCGUGCCAGGGUUGAUGCUUGUCGAAGACCGUGGCGUUGGUGAAGACGCAGAAUUGGGCGGUUCCGAAGUCAAUGUCACCGGAGAUGGCGUUGAUUUCCCAUCCGGAAUAGACGGCUGGAGCAUAGGUGCCAUCAGUGCUGGACUUGCGAAGUGGUUCCGUCAUUGUGUCGCUGUCAAAGCCCAUGAAGCCAGACUGCCCACUGAACCCGAGGAUCUGGUUUUGAUCAUCGUACACCAGAGCCCAAGCGUCGUCCAUGUCAGUGACAGCAAUAGCAACAGUUCCCGCGAAGCCGAGGUAGCUGAGGUCGUCGCAGAGGUUGUGGUAGAGCUCGUGGUCAUCGAUGAUGUCGUCGAAUCCGUAGUGCUAGUGCUAGAAGAAUCCGACGUCGUUGAUGUUGACAUUGAAGUGGACGACGAAGAGGUGGUAGUGCUAUCUCCGAUGGGUCCAACCGAUGAUGAUAGCGAAGAGCUGGUGGUCGACGAGGUCAUCGGUGUAGAAGAAGUCGUGCUCGAGCUGUAG